CGGGCCCCCAGGCGGAGCGGCGGGCACCGAGUCACCAGGCACGACAGUGGGCUCCGAGUCAACUGGUAUGACCGCAGGCACUGGGUCAGACAUUGUAUGGUCUGGCUGGACAGCGGGCAUCGGGUCACCAGGCAUCAGGUCAUUUGGCUCGACAGCGGGCACCGCGUCAUCUGGCAAGGCACGGGCACCGCGUCAUCUGGCAAGGCAGUGGGCUCCGAGUCAACUGGUAUGACCGCGGGCACUGGGUCAGACAUUGGAUCGUCUGACUGGACAGCGGGCACUCUGGGUCACCAGGCAUCAGGUCAUUUGGCUCGACAGCGGGCACCGCGUCAUCUGGCAAGGCAGUGGGCUCAAGUCAACAAGUCAACUGGUAUGACCGCGGGCACUGGGUGGGUCAGACAUUGGAUCGUCUGACUGGACAGCGGGCACUGGGUCACCAGGCAUCAGGUCAUUUGGCUCGACAGCGGGCACCGCGUCAUCUGGCAAGGCAGUGGGCACCGGGUCACC